GAGAGAAGCAAGAAAAAAAAAAGCCAAAGAAACCAAAAGGAAGGCAGGCAAAGUAAACCAACCCAAGCAAGGGGAUCUCUCGAAUCUCCCCAUUCCAGGGGCCUCGUCUCCUCCUCCUCCGCCUCCGCCUUGUAGGGUUUCGCCGCCGCCGCUGCCGCCGGCGAUGGAGCCACCGGCGGGAGGCUCCUCCGAUCAUCGCCGGGGUGCCGGGACCGGCGCGGGCGCCGGUGGGGCCGCCUCGCCGUCGGGCCUCCGCCGCUACGGCUUCAGAUUCUCCGCCUCCAGCCUCCUGCAGGCCCCGCUCGCUGCGCUGCUCGAGUACUCCGGCGUCGUCCCCUCCGGCCCCGGCGCCCCGCAGGCGGGGCCGCCCUCGGCGCUGUCGUCCUCGCCGUCUUCUUCGUCGUCGUCGUCGGAGGCCGAUGGGCUGCUCUCCGCGGCCGCGGCUGGGGACGGGGAGGUCUCGAUCCGGAUCCAGGGCGGCCCCGGGGAGGCCGACGCGGCGGGCGUCGCGGGGGCGGCCUCGUCGGGGGAGGACUCGAUCGAGGCGACCGCCGCCGGGGACGUUGACCCGGCCUCGGCUGCCGCGGGGAGGGGUGGCGGCGCCGACGCGGAGGCGAGUGGUGGGGGCGCGGACGGCGCGUCCGGGAACGGGGGUGGGGACCGCGCCUACCAGCGGUAUGACGUGCACCAUGUCGCGAGGUGGAUCGAGCAGAUACUGCCAUUCUCGCUGCUGCUGCUCGUCGUCUUCAUACGGCAGCAUCUCCAAGGUUUCUUUGUCACAAUUUGGAUUGCUGCUGUAAUGUUCAAGUCAAAUGAUAUAUUGCGGAAGCAAACUGCUUUGAAGGGCGAGAGAAAAAUUGCUGUGCUUGUCGGGAUUACAGUAAUCUUCAUGAUUCAUGUGUUUGGUGUCUAUUGGUGGUACAGGAAUGAUGAUCUUCUCAGACCUCUGUUCAUGCUUCCGCCAAAAGAAAUACCGCCAUUUUGGCAUGCGAUUUUUAUCAUCAUGGUCAAUGAUACAAUGGUUCGCCAGGCAGCAAUGGCCAUUAAGUGCAUGCUACUUAUGUACUAUAAGAAUAGCAGAGGUCGUAACUACCGUAAGCAGGGUCAAAUGCUAACCCUUGUGGAAUACCUUCUGCUCCUAUAUCGUGCCUUGUUGCCAACUCCUGUUUGGUACCGUUUCUUUCUGAACAAGGAAUAUGGGAGUCUUUUCUCAUCUUUAACCACUGGACUGUACCUGACCUUCAAGUUAACUUCAGUAGUUGAAAAGGUUCAGUCAUUCUUGGCUGCAGUGAAAGCAUUGUCACGUAAAGAUGUGCAUUAUGGGUCUUAUGCGACAGCAGAACAGGUAAUUGCUGCUGGUGAUAUGUGUGCCAUCUGCCAGGAAAAGAUGCAUGUUCCUGUCCUCCUCCGCUGUAAACAUAUUUUCUGUGAGGACUGUGUCUCUGAAUGGUUUGAGCGAGAACGGACUUGCCCCCUGUGUAGAGCAUUGGUAAAGCCUGCUGAUAUUCGGUCAUUUGGUGAUGGUUCUACAAGUCUUUUCUUCCAGUUGUUUUAGACACCAAAUGGGAAACUGCUAACAUAUAACAAUGGACAAGCAAUUGCUUAUGAAAAUCCAAGUGAAUCCUUUUUUUCUUUAUCAUGUCAUGCCGUCUUCCCCUGCACUGAUGUCAAAGUGAGAAGAUUCGCAGAGAUUAUGUGAGCGCAAUAUGUCUGAUUCAUCUAUAUGUUCGAGAAAUAGUUUAGAGAACUGGUCUGUGGUCAGUUGCGACGUUAGCAUAGAUUUGCAGCAAAUCUUUAUGGGCCUGGUCGGUUUCUGGAGGAAUGAUCAAUCCUAGUGCAAAGCCCUGGUGUGUGUGAUCCCCGCCACGCUAUUGGCUUGCAUAAUGUAAAAAUUUGGAAUUUUUGCAAAAGUAUAUGUACCCCGGCGCAACUGGAGUGAACAAGUUUUGCUUCUUAGCAAGACGAGGGAAGGCAGUGGUAAAAUUGUAACCUGUAAAGCUUUGAUACGUCAAAAUGUUGAAACCAUAUAUAAAAUGUACUUUUUACUAAACAGUAAAUAGUACCAGACCGCAAUGUUAACAUGUCUUGUAUGUUAUUGUACAGUUUUAUAACGCUUCAUUUGAGAAAUAACUCAGGUUUUAUGUUUCAUUUAA